AUUAAACGUUUGUUCUGUUUUUGUUUGUUUAGUAAAAAUCGAAAAUCUGCAGCAAAAGAAACGGCAGAUACAGUGAGCUUGGAAUCGUUUGUUUGCGUGAGCUGAAUCAGGAAAAAGGUUAAUACCCCUUUCAAGGCCAGGCAACAUUUCUACACAUUUUGUUUGGAGUAUUACGGUGGAUUUGAGUGGCAUCAGGGAUCAAAUCAGGAGAAGGAAUAAAGUUAAUCCCCUUUACAAGGCCGGAGAGAUCUUAAAAUUUAAGGUUUGGAAUUGGAGUAUUGCGGGGGAUUUGUCCGUCAUCAGGUAUCAAAUAAGGAGAUAGUGCAGGCUGAAAACUUUGUUGCCACCAAUCUAUGCCUUAUCGUGUUUUACUUUGGUGAUUUAAAUGGAUGUUACUUCUCUGGGUUCAAAUAGCAAUACCCAAACUGACCAACACCCUUUGCUGAUGGAGCAACCGGAAAAUCAUAAUGGUCGUCAGCACGUAAUUGACAUUACUAUGAAUGGUGAAGCUCUAACUAUGCCUUCCCAUAUUGAUCAACACUCUGAAAUGCAUUUACCGCAGAGUGGAGAUCAACCAGCUGUGGACACACAAGAUUCCACUCAUCAAGCAUCUUCAUCUUCGACAUCCAGAUUAAACUCUAGAAAUUCAGCUUCACUAAGAAGAGGUGAAGGAUAUGGUCAUCGUGGUCGGAGUCCAUUGAAUUCUGGAUUGUGGAUUUCUGUUGAGCUUUUUGUCACUGUGAGUCAGAUCAUAGCAUCUAUAGUCGUUUUGUCGCUGUCCAGGAAUGAAAAUCCCCAAGCUCCAUUAUUUGCAUGGAUUGUGGGUUAUGCAUCUGGUUGUGUUGCCACACUUCCCAUUCUAUAUUGGCGUUUUCGAAACCGUAAUCAAAGCAACGAGCAAGAUUCCUCUCAACCAUCUCAAGGAUCUUCUGGAAGCAAUCCUCCAAAUCGUACCUAUACUGCCAUCUAUGUUUCUCAUGUCUCAGACGAGGAGAAUGGUAAUGCUACACAAUCAGCCACAAGAAACCCUAUAAUUCCUGGAGCCUUUACUUCUAGGCUUAAUGGAUUUGUAGACCAUUUCAAGAUGGCCUUGGAUUGCUUCUUUGCAGUUUGGUUUGUAGUUGGAAAUGUUUGGAUCUUUGGAGGUCACACCUCUCCUUCUGAUGCUCCACAGUUAUAUAGAUUAUGUAUUGUUUUUCUUACCUUUAGCUGUAUCGGAUAUGCAAUGCCAUUUAUACUCUGUGCAACUAUUUGUUGCUGCCUACCUUGUAUAAUUUCUGUUUUGGGCAUUCGGGAGGAUUUUUCUCAUAAUAGAGGAGCAACAGUGGAAUCAAUUAAUGCUCUACCAAUCUUCAAGUUCAAAUUGAAGAACAAUGAAAACGUUGAUGAUCAGGAUGUCAAUGCAGCUAUGGAUGAGGGUGGAAUUUUGGCUGCAGGAACAGAAAAAGAGCGAGUUAUUUCAGGAGAAGACGCUGUUUGUUGCAUUUGCUUAGCAAAAUACGCAGAUGAUGAUGAGCUUAGAGAGUUACCUUGCUCUCACGUUUUUCAUGUAGUGUGUGUUGACAAAUGGUUAAAGAUAAAUGCAUCAUGCCCUCUUUGUAAAACAGAAGUUGGUACGACUAAUGGAGAGUCACCUUCAGCCUGGGACUCCAGUACUCAUUAGGUCAGAACGGAUACCAACACAGCCAAAGUUUAUCUCAAGUUGCAGCUUUUCAAGUAAGUGUACAUCAUUAAACCUUUGGAUUCUACUCUGAAGAUGAGAUCCAAGAUAAUGAAAAUCAAGUAAUACUUGAGCAUGUGUGAUUUUACGCUCUAGUAAAAGGUAAAGGAUGUGUUUUUACCAGCCUAGUUACCCCUUUUCUUUUCUCCCCCAACAUCUUUGCACCGGUUAUACAUACUCACCAAGUAUUAUUUGUAGAAAAAUAGGAUGUUCGAAUCUUUCUUCGUUUAUCUCUUGUCCGUCUGUACAUAUCACAAAAUUUACUGAAUAUGUUGAUUUUUUUAUUUGAAACUGUAAAAUGAGCUGAAUGUUUUUCUUAUUGUUUUGACAUCGUGAUGAUUUCAAUCUCAACCAGCUGUUUCCCUUC